CUUAUGUCUGAUGUGGAACUGUCGAACCAGUAUCUCUUGGUCCACGUUCGUCUUCGGUCGGUAGAGCAAUUUUCCCGGUGAGGUUUUCCCAACUCAGUUCUAAGCCAGCGCCAACUUUUGGCUACAGCUAGUUCAGUAGGACAACAGAAGCAAGAGAAAGGCGGUUUCUCAAAUCAGUUUCGGUAGCUUUCUGGUUUUCCACCUCACCGUGCACCGGUGUGCGGGUGUGUGUGUAUGUUGAUGUGUGUUUGUACGAAAAGCAAGGACAAUAAAAGUGGGCUAGGAAAAUAUCCUUUGGAAGGCGCGUGUGAGUUCUGAAUCGCAAUAAACUGGCCUCCGAAGAGGGUGGUGCGAUGUGGCUUAAUUGACGACCUCCUCCCAAAGGUUAAGUCUCAUAUGUUCUGUGCUGUGCUGUGUUGUCCUAGUGCGGGUUUCCGGUGAGCUAAAGCCCCCUCCGUCUGCAGUGUGUAAAUGAAAGGUUAAUCCUGUGGUGGUGGGGAAAAGAAACCAUCAGAAACAACGCCGCACAAGUGUUCUUUGAUCCUUUGAAGCGUCGCGACGUCCCUCGGUGGAAGCAGCACGUGUUUGCAGUGGGUUCGAGUCCUGUUUGAGAACAAUACAACUGCUGCCACCAUCACCAGCAGUCAGUCUCUGCCCGAUGGGUGUGUGAGCUUGUGAAACUGUGUGUACGAUCAGUGCGGGAUUGUGGAAAGUGGCAAAACGAGCAAAGUAAUAAUAACAGAAGAACCGUCUGCCGAUGUCAGCUGAAUACAACAACAACAACAACAAACGUUGAAUGACAGGAGCCUUGUGGCAAGCGUCGUGGGACAAAGCUAAUCAUCGGUGCAAAUCAGGAGGAUAAGCUGAAAAGAACAGAUUCGUUUUGCGAUAUCCGCGCUCAGUCGGAAUACGUUCAACGCCCGGACAAGACACGCGUUAAAUACAACGCCGGUUAAACCACCGAGCUGUGCAUGUGUUUUUAAUUUAAUUACCUCCCAGCUUCCAGUGAAUCCCUCCUCCCCCCCAUCGGUGUGAUCUCCGCGUGGGGUCAUUGUUGGAACGAGUUCGGCAGAAAAAACAAAUACCGAAUAAUUAACGAGCCUGUUUCAAGAGGGGAUAUUAUGCAAUAUCGGUACUCCUACAACGGAACAUCAUUGUCUAGUGUUAGUAUUAGUAGCAGUAGUAGUAGUAGCAGCAGCAGCAGUAGGUGCAACACCGAAAGAAGCAACUCCCGCGUGGAUGUGCUGCGAGCAACCGUCUGCGACACCGUCAAUGCGAGCCAGGAAAAAAGUGCCGGGUUUUAGCUGCUGCCGUCAACCAACCAAACCUUUCGAGCCGUGAAGAAGCUCUAGUGGCAUCCGAACAGCAGCAGCCGUGCUAGUUGUUCACCGUCAUCGCAGCGAGCCGAACGUCGACGCUGCCUCGUGUCAAUAUAGAUCUUUCUUUUCUUUGGCGUUCGCCGCAGCACUCCCGCUCGUUGUUCCGCGCUGGCCAGCCGGAAAGGAAGUCAACAGUGUUGUUGAUGUUUGAUAUUAAUUUAUUUAGCUCUUAGCUGCUUUUUGCCCUCUCGUCGUUUGUCGUGUGCGCGAUUUUUUUUUUUGUUUGGCGCAGGUCGUCCGAUUGUUUUAUCCCUUUGUUUGCGUUUCGGCACGAGAAAAGUGCUACCUGUUGUGUUGUUCUUAGCCAGCGGUAUCAGUGUGUUAUAGUACGACCAAAUUAAAAGUGUAUAAUUAAUAGUGAUACGAUUUAAGUCCAAGUCCAAGUGGAAUACUAAGUGGUUGUAUAUAGAAGCUACAGCAAAUCAUCGCUAUGCAGCACCAUCCAGGAUCUUGGUACAUACCGUGGGGUGUCCCGGGGAUGGGCCUCCAGAAGAUGCUGGCGGUUCCGUUCAAUCCGGUUACUGCCGGUUACCAUCAGCCUCAAAUCGCAGCAGCAGCGGUUCAGUCUCCAUCACAGGUACAGACUGCCAGCCACCAACAGGCAAGCCAGCAGGCUGCCUCCUACCAGCACCAGCUACAGCAUCACCCGGCCGCGGCACUACACAAUCCUGCCGCGGCUGUCGCUGCUGCUGCGGCCAUGCAGCAUCAACAUCAGCAUCAACCGUUGCAUCCGGCUGCGGCUGCAGCCAUGUUUACACCGCUGACACUGCGUAGCUUUAUGGCCCAUCCACAUCUGAACCUUGGCCAGCAGCCGAUUGCGACGGCUCAGCAGCCCCAGCAUACGCCUUCGAUCCCGGGCACCACCCCGACACAAUCUCAGCUGACGGCGCUCGGUUUGAAUGGGGCAAUCGGGGCCCUUAUUCCGAUACGCCAACAGCAGCAGCAGCAGCAGCAACAGCAGCAGCAACAACAGCAGCAGUCCCAGCAGCAGCCACAGCAGAAGACGCCCUCCAGUGUAUCGACCGGAACGCUUAUCAUGCCGAUGAGAAAGAUCAUCAUGUCCGAAAAGGACAAAACCAAGCUGGUUUCAACGGAAAAACGAAAAGCCGACGAAAGUGAACCGGUUAAGGAUCUCAAGAAGGCAAAGCUGGAAACCAAAGCGCUAAAAGCCAAACGACCUGGCUUCACGGAUGAACGCUACCAUGAAACGUCCUAUUACAUUGAAAACGGUUUGCGGAAAGUGUACCCCUACUACUUCACUUUCACGACGUUCACCAAGGGCCGCUGGGUGGGUGAAAAGAUACUGGAUGUGUUCGCCCGGGAGUUCCGGGCCCACCCGGCAGAGGAGUACGAACGGUGCAUCAAGGCCGGAACGUUGACUGUGAACUACGAAAAAGUGCCAACAGACUAUAGGUUAAAGCAUAACGAUCUCCUGGCCAACAUCGUGCACAGGCACGAGACGCCCGUUCUAGCUCACCCCAUCAAUAUAAUCUAUGUCGACAACGAUCUCGUAGUAUUGGACAAACCCUGCUCGUUGCCGGUCCAUCCGUGCGGUCGCUACCGCCACAACACGGUGGUCUUCAUCCUGGCGAAGGAGUACAACCUGAAGAACCUGCGAACCAUCCACCGGCUGGACAGGCUGACUUCGGGUCUGCUGCUGUUCGGGCGGAGUCCGAAAAAGGCUCGCCAAAUGGAGCACCAGAUACGGAACCGGCAGGUCCAGAAGGAGUACAUCUGCCGGGUGGAGGGCGAGUUUCCAGACGGCAUCAUCGAAUGUAAAGAACCGAUCGAAGUGGUCAGCUAUAAAAUCGGCGUCUGCAAGGUAUCGCCCAAGGGCAAGGAGUGCACCACCUACUUCCAGAAGCUGGGCUACAACGGCACGAGCAGUGUAGUGCAGUGCAAGCCUCGAACCGGCCGGAUGCACCAGAUCCGUGUGCAUCUGCAGUAUCUCGGCUUUCCGGUCGUGAACGACCCGUUGUAUAAUCAUGAAGUGUUCGGACCGGUCAAGGGACGGGGUGGCGACAUCGGCGGGAAAAGUGACGAACAGCUGGUGAAAGAUCUAAUCAACAUUCACAACGCGGAAAAUUGGCUAGGAAUUGAUGGUGACUCGGAGCUGUCGAUGUUCAAACCGAUGAAAAAUGACUUGGACGAUGGAAAAGGACCAAUUUUGAGUGACGAUGACUCGGAGAGCGUAUCUCGGGAAGCUUCCCCCUGCUCGGAAAGUCCCCGGCCGGUUUCUCUAGGCAGCGAGAGUCCGAACGAAAACAUGUGUGCCUCGAUGCUGGCGCCUAACGCGUUGAACGUCGUCGGAAGUGCAAACACCGGUAGCAGCAACAGCAACAACAACAGUUCCGUCGCUCUCAGCAACAGACUGCAGUCACAAAAGGUCACCGUUGCGACCCAAACAGGACACGAGUCACCCGAUCUGGCAUUCAACCCGGAUAAGAUGACCACGGACAAGCACUGCUAUGAGUGCAAGGUGCGCUACAGGGAUCCGAAGCCGCAGGACCUGGUCAUGUACUUGCACGCCUGGAAGUACAAGGGACCCGGCUGGGACUACGAAACCGAACUGCCGGAAUGGGCUCGCGUCGACUGGCCCGAGCACGACUUCGAAUGAAUGACAACCUGCUGAUGCCUACUGCUGGACUACGCGGAUAUAAACUGAAUUUUAACGACGCGAGUUUAGGUAGGCCGGAAGAGGGAGAAAAACGUGAGCAUCAGACAACCUCACUUUUAAGUAAGCUAACAGUACUGUGACCAAAUAACUGAUAAUGUGUGAUUCGAUCCAGUGUUCCGGAAAGUGAUCAGAUCUUCCUAGCGCGUGAUGAACUAACCCCCCCAAAGAGGGUUCGGGACCGUUUUGUGCUGUUUGAGGAAGUACAUAAAAGACAAAUAGUAGCCAAAGCUAGAAGUUUGGCAACCAAGAAGAAGGAGAACAAUAACUCGAUGCGUGGAUGAAUGCAUCGAAUGGAGGAAAGCACUUUUCAAGUUAAAUCACUAAACAAGAACAGAAGGGUUAGAGAAUAGUUUCGUAAUUUUAGAGUGUUCAAGCGAGGGAGAAGACGUUAUUAAUCAUAAGAAAUAUUGAGCAACAAGCAACAAAACGGAAAAGCGAUGAUGUAUAUGUGGUAGAUGAUACGAGAGGAAAAACGCUUCGUUUUUAUAAGCAUACUUUUUUGAUAGCUAAAGAGGUCUAUUCGUAAUCUGAAUGAAUGAGAAAGAAGGAUAGCAGAAAUUGUGCACAUUUGAUAUGUGCAAAAAAACCAAAAGGAACGAAACGCAUAAAAAUUCAUUAUAUUAUAGUAAUCCGCAGCUUUUGCAUCAACAGGCAACAGAACCGACAGUUAUUCAAAUUUGCUUGGUAAUAAAUUCACUCAUCAAGUGAAGUCAAGAAGAUUUUCCCCACUGCCUUCGGUUCUACUUUACUAUUAUUUUUAUUUUCAUAUGUUUGCUUUCGUAGCCAGAUGAAUUGUUCGGAAUUAGCACAUAGACAAAAACUUAAGCUUACCUAGAGAACUCAGAUGAAUGCUAUUGUUAGAUUAAAUUCAACAUUGCUGAAUUUUCACCGGAGGAGCAUCAGUCACCACUUGUACCACGAGAGUGGAUUAACAAUCACGACCGCCAACGAACGCAGUGCAGCGCUUAAUAUUUGUCACUCAAUACGAUCGCAUUUAUUGCGAUUUUAAUUAAAAUGAAAUUGAAUUUUUAUUUUCGGUCAAAAUUUAUGUGAAUGUUUUCGGAAAAGGGUAGACAGGAGGAGCCGAAAGAUGUCAAGCGCUAAUUUAUGUCAAUGGGCGAGAGAUUUUCAGCAACAUCACCGAGAGGCGAAAAUGCAUUUCAAUUUGCUCGACUUGGUGAGGGAACUGCAUGCCAGCUACCGAUGAAUGAUGCCACAAAUUAUUGCACGCGUUACGGUGAAAUGUAUUCGAACUGAGCACGAUUCGGAAAAUUGGUUCUGUUUCUUCGCGUAAGACCAUUCGGGUGUUUGUUUUAGGGGGGUGAGUGCAAAAUAACAUGAACGUUUUUUGGAUAAUUAAGCAUUACUACACAUGUUCGUUACUCGACACGAUCAUGGUGUCAGGUUCAUCCAGUUUCAUUUUUUCGUCGAGUUGCAUUAAUUUCUAUUGAGACUGUUUGCAUUAGCAAUUUCAAACAUUACACAAACCUCUAAAGUGUUUAUACAAACUCUAUUUGUUGAGUUGUUCAUGAAAUUGUUAAAUCACAUGUGGGAAUUGCUACAGAGCGAAAGUCCUACAUGACUGAAUUAUUUAUUCAAGUCGGUCUGUUUUAUCAGUCGAAAAGCAGCUCUCGCAAUUAGCGUGAAUUUUAUGGCGAUGUUUGUUUCCUUUCCGCCGUACUUCUCGUUGCCUCCUAUAACGCUGCCGCCAGCACUGUCUGGCACAGCUAGGUACUAGUAGAAAUGGCCAUUUCUACUGAGAGCUGACAUACAGGUACAGUUUCUAAUAUGUGUGAAAAAUAAAACUGUCGUUUUGAAAUGCCAUCAACAAGUAGCAACUUAACACUAGCCGGCGCUACGAUCGGCUAACCAGCGCUAUACGGGCCUUUCGCGCAAAUUUGCACAAAAUGGUGAUCCAUGCAUGCGACCCUGUGUGCAAUGGUGAUAUUCAAAGUAUUUUCGUUUAAAUGUUUACACAUGUUUUUCGCAAGAGUAAUUCUCACAUAUAUGUCUGUUUUCUGUGACAUUACGUUAGCGACAGUUCCAACGUAAGCUGGGUAACUCUAAUCGCCAUAUAAGAUGUUUUGAGAUAUCUGAAGUUUAAAAUACACAAACUUUCAUCGAUCCACUGUUGUUACGGCAUUUAAUUAGCAAGGGACUGGAAGGUGAAGUAUAUUUUUCAAUAUUAAGAGCCAUAAUACUCAAGGGAGAGCAAGGAGUUGAAGGAAGAAAGUUUAGAAAAGCGUGGAAAUGAUCAUAUUAGCAAUCUUAGAGUUUCCCGGCGACUUAACCCUUUGUGUGCUACCGCACACAAAACGUACCCGGUAAGAUUCGCUUACAUUAAUGCAAUAAAUACGAGCGAAAAUUGCAAGCGUUUUGGUAUGUUGCAAAAAUUGCAAGAAGCUUCCUUGCAUAUAAUGCAAGAAACAGGAAAAAACGAAUUUUCCCUAUGUCUUAGCGAUGUAUGUGUAUGGGUAACCAAUAUGCAUUAGAUAAAAAAGACUGCUGGCAUUGAAAAAUGAGCCCCAUACGGGCAGAUCACUAACCAAUACUUUAUUCAUCCAACCAUGUUAUCAGAUAAUUAUGAGUGAAUAAAAGUCUUAUAUAAACACUUGGACGAUUUCACGAUUAAUGAAAAAACAAAGGACGCACUCAGAUUUGAAUUCACGUCCUUGCGCAUCUUAGCACUGACUAUUAGGCACUGCUCUGUAUUAGCACAUGUGGACAGAGCGUUAAAACUCGUAUAAUCAGCACAUCAGCAAUUUGAUGCUGUCUCGUGUGAGAUGAAUAAGCCACAAAACUGCGUUUAAUGAUGUUGAUGAGGAAUAAUUAAAAAAGGACAGAAAAUAAAAACUCGCUCCGCGUUGCUAUAACACCCAGCAUAGGCACGUGAAUGUGAUGGUAAUCCUUUGACAGUGUGUUGAAGAAACGUAUGUACGUAUAGCGAAAGAUGAAGUGAUGUUAUAUGCUUGCAAUAAUUGCAAGCGGCUUUCACUGCAAAAUUGCAAGCGAUGCUAACAUUAUUUGCAAGUGAUUGUUGCUUGCAAUUAUUGCAAGAGAUUUUUGUUUUGGGUGCGCAGGAGUCAGGAUCUUUUGGCAUUAGAAAUGCGAAUCACCUGAGUCUGCGGAAUGUCCGAACAAGCCUAAAGUAGCUUUGUACUUUAUACUCUUUUAGCACAUUAGUGAUAUUGGCACAUUGACAUAAAGCCAAAUCGGUUCAAAAUAAUGGUUUCUGAUAGUGCUAUCAUAAAAAUGGCUGCCACGCUGCCUUUGUUUACCAAUGGUUCACUACGUUGAUCACAGGUGCAUACGGCUUGCUAAAUCGAGAACUUCGACAGCUUCUUCCAUUUGAAACGGUCAUCCAUAGCAAUGUUUUUGCUACCGUGGAAUCUGCUUAUAAUCUGUUUUAACCAGCACUCUGCUGGUCUUUGGCAUGAUUUAGGUAGUUUUGCAUCUUGCACGUUUUCAAUUCGGAUCAAAGAAGAAAUCAGCACCAGGGUUGCGACACUCAAGGUAUUUCUGUAGCGCCAUCGAUUUAUUGAACAAUUUUUGGUUAAAGGUUCCUUUUUGCAGAUGACAGAUUUUUGCCAUUUUCGUGAAAUUUUCACAGAAUUUCUAUAACAUAAUAACAGAUUUUUAGAUUUUUUCUGUUCGGAUCAUCACAGAUGGUAAAAUUUUUUUGGUUGGAGCACUGAUUUCAAUGUGGCAUGCCUGAUCAGCACUCCCUCGUUUUUUCGUUGGCGCGUUGUUCCCGGUUUCAUCCAGCCCUUACUUCAUCCGUUCCUAAAACCUUCGGGGGAUCUCUAAGACAGUUGAAUGGUGUAUAUUCAUCAUUUACCCAAAACACUAUGCGAUAAAUAAUGAUUUUGCAUGUGGGUGCACAAAAUACUUUGUCGUAGUGUCAAAACAAGUCACACUAGAGUAGACCCAAACCUUCGUGCUUUCAGAUGAAUGUCAAAAGUAGUUUAAUGAAACACUUUGCAGCAUAAAUCUAUGGGUUUAUCGUGCCUUUCGUCAUCUUGACAUCUUUGACCACAACCACAUAUUGCCUGCCAAGAAGUAUUUUUUUUCGGGAACUAUAAAUUCUAGUUCCGCGCAGCAUGAUUCAUGGUCCAUUAUCAAGCAUUCGAUUUUUUCCGCAUUGUAUCGUACAAUUUCCGCGCACGCGUUUCACACGCUUGUUUUGCUUGUCGUUACGAUUUAGAGCUACGCGUACUCUGACUGACAUUAAACCCCUACUUUUUUCAUCUUUUGCAUAUUUUCAUUAUUUUGCUAUAUUUCGGAUUGAGAUUUUUGAUUUUCUCAAACGCACUGCUUUCCUCUCCUAGACGAAUUGCAAACAAUGUUCGCCUUCCGAACCUUUCUGUUCAUAACUAACAGUGAAACAAACCUUUGAAAUCAAAGAUUUUUUUCUUUUUGCUGCAUUUCCUGCUUGUUACACCUUUUUACACCAGCAAAACAACAUUGAAUUUAUUCAAAUCCACUUUUAAUUUAAAUUAUAUCACAAACUUUAACUUGCGAUUAACUUUCUAUCUAUCUUGCUUGUUUACAAUACCUCUGACCGACAUUUAACCACAGACUAAGAGACAUAACACUACGAGGAAAUUCCCUUAAAAAGUAUCGAUCCGGCAAUUUAACCAGAACACUAGCUCCACCUUUUAUUCACGGUCCCGAACACUCAUUUGCUGAUGGGUUACCCCUCUGGCUUGGGAACAAUUUUUCACUAGUGGGGGAUAUCCCCAUAUGUUUGUUUACAUGUCAGUAGCGCCAUAAUUUGAAAUGCGGCCAGUCCCAACUACAAAUAUAUUUAAAAUGACCGUUAAAGCGGGCGAAGCAUUGUUUUCUAGUGUUAUGUCUGUUGGUCUGUGAUUUAACUUCAAUCGCUAUCAACUUUUCACACACUUCUUUUUUGUCACCUUCUCUGUUGACAUGCCCUAUCGGAAUGAUUUAUGAUCAUCUCCAUCUGCGGGAGCGAGACAAUGAGUCCAACAUUUUCCCCGUUCCGUAAACCUGGUUAAGGAUUCAUCUCCGGUGCAGAUUUUUCCUCUCUAUCGUACUUUAAAACUUCCGAUCCUGGUUCGAACCUAUACCUAAUCGAUCCUCCCAUUACAGACACGAUUGGAUCCUCAAAUAAAUCACGGAUCCACUACUUUCGGCUUGCGUUUUCAGUGGCAUAGACCCGACCCCCUAUUUUCAGCGGUCUAUGUUCGCUGAACUAUUUAGUUCUCCGGUUGACCAUUGGACCGUACUCGUCUCGUUAGCUGCUGUUGCUGCUUGUAAGCGUCCCAUAAAGCUUCGAAGGCAAUGGUGGCAGUACUGUGUUCGGUCACAGAAUGCGUCAGUGAACGAAAGUUAAUCAUAUCUUCAGCUUGAACGGUGGCGGAACUUCCGGCAGCUUUGAAACUGUUUCAUACUGGCUACUGCUGUCAAAAAGUGUAGUUCUUCUAAUGUGCAAGCCGCUGCUACACUUUUCUUUCAAUAUCUAAUACUGUUGAUAGUUUCAUGAGUACCGUAAUGACCAGCAUUGUGCGACAUACCCGGGUUUUCCAUUCGUUGUGUAAAAUUUGUUCGCGAUAGCGUUCCUCAUUAUACAAUUACAUUCAACCACAGGUCCAGGUGAUUGUGUUAGCUGGGUGUAAGCGAAGAAGAAUGCAGUAGGAUAUGUUUGAUGAUUACUUUUUGCUGUGUACAUUUUUGUUACACUUGAUAAAGGUUUCACAGCUUUGUUGCAGGACCUGUCUGGGAAACCCAUACAAAGGAUUCACCUACGCUUUUUUUUACGUUUAUCAUCUUAGAUGAGCCGUGAAACUUUAUAAAAAUACCAUACUUUAUAAGUAGGGGUUUCCCCACUAGUUGGUUUCUUGUUUUCACAAAGGGGCCUUUCCGUCAGGGCGGACUGCUUUUACCACACUUCGGGAAAGGGUCGCGGCUUCUUACCGCUUCCGACCGACCGAGAUUCCUAAUGGCAGCGUUCUUCCUGCUGCGAAUGCUGAUUGUACUUGACCGCCUGAUACAGCACUCCUUUGCACUUAGCCAGAGAGGUGAACUUGGCUUCUUUGUUGGAACCUCCCGAGCGACGGUGGCGCCGGAUCCUCUACACGCCGUAAACGAUCCCGAAAGACACUGCAGUGAACUGUCCAGGGGGAACCUUCGUUCUCAUUGACAAUUAACUGUGGACUAAUCCUCAUUGAGAACCGACGAUGCUUCGGAUCUUUGACAAAUAGCCGGGAACGCGAUUGGCUCCUUCGCGAUUAGCGUUCCACUACGACGAUCCUCCACCACACUUGUAAUUGAUCCACGGGCCGGCACCUUUAACGGGCUUAACUGGCGGUCGCACACGUGUACUUCACACUCUGUAACGGAAAACGACCCCGAAAAAGGAUUGUUUAUUCUCUCUUUUUACUACCGUGGUCCGUCACUCACUCCUUUCUACAAUCAAAAUAACGAACUGCAUUUUAGAACAUCCGAAACUGUCUCUCACACCGCUUUUCUCACCAAAGCAAAUCUACCUCACCACAACUGCCAUUCGCAGCGACCAGCAUAACCAGCACACACGGCUUACACAUACAAGGCUAGCUCAUCAGAGUGUAAACAUUUGACGAGCGGGCGUCAUAGAAAUCGUCGUUAAAACAAUUAGAUGAAAUUCAUAUAUUCUUGACUGCUAACAGAUGAUCAGCACCUUGGAAGAUCACAAGGAAGCUAUCCUGACCUUUACUGGGAACAGAAAAUUACGGUUGGAUAUGUUUUCUAUGGCUGCAGCUAAACUCCAACAUUUCGCUAAAACAUCAGAAAGAUUCACUAAUUAUCUACUGUGCACACUAUUUUUUCCACCGUAAGAGCUAAAAUAUUGUUAAUUAUCAACAUUCGAGAAAUCCGUUUGUUUAUUUCAACGAUUUCUCUGACCUCACCAAAAACUGUCAAUUCGCGGAGUAGCAAGCCUCGUUUCUGUGAGCCGUGACCAGCACAUACGUUUUAUUUCGGCAAGAGGAGAGCGGUAGUCAAUCUAAACUAUACAAAUUCAUGCAACAAAAAUUGUCUAAUCUAUCUGCACGAACAAACAAAACCGGUCACAAACGCGAAAACGAACAAAAAUUUACAAGUAAAUAUUGCUUGUUGCACCAAAAACUGAAUUCUAAACGCACUGCGCACUUACUAUUCUUCUAUUAAAUUCUUCUCAUAGACUGGUUAGUUCGAUUGGUCUGUCUAUGCAAGUACCAUCUCUAUCAUUUGAAAUACAUGGGUUUUGACAGCUCGCAGUUUUCAGUAGCAGUUUGAUCAUUCGCACUUUGAAAGUACGGAAGUGGGAAGUGCGCAAUAUGAAGAGUACAGAACAGCGGCGAGUAUAAUCCCAGUUAAACUCAUUCCGGAACCGGUUCGGAUUUCUGAAUGGAGUCAGUAUGGUUUCCAACUCAAAUGCAACAACCGAUUCCGAUUCAAUCGGUUUCAGAAUCGGUUGUUGCAUUUGAGCUGGAAUCCAUACUGGUUCCAUUCAGGAUUCCGAAUCAAAUUCCGAAUGGUUUGACCGGGAUGUUGCGUAAACAAAUACACUUUAUGGGGUACAAAGAACAAAAUUGGGUAAAUUUCCACUCAGUGCUAAAUUGUUACCCUGACGGGUUACAAAAUAUAUAUUUAAAAGAAAACGAUAGUACUGGCUUCUCUGUUCAACUUAGCCACAAAGUUUCCUACUGUGUGUGAAGAUCUUUCUCGAAGAAGGUUGUAGGUCGUUCAGUUUGCCAUUUUCCUCUCUUUUGUAUGCUUCCAUUUCGUCAUCGUUACCACUGUUUUGUACUUCAUCGUCGGUUGUGUUCUAUAGUUUUAUUGUGUUUUGAGAUGAUUAAUCUCUCCCGACAUGAUUGUUGCCGCCGUGAAUAAAUUGAUAAAAUCAUACUCGGCGGGACCAGAUGGUAUACCAGCUACAGUUUACAGUCGUUGCGCUCCUGUCUUUGUGCAAUAUCUUCAAAAGGUCGUUUGAGCAGGGCAUAUUUUCGGUGAUUUGCAAACACUCUUACAUGAUUCCAGUAUUAAAAAGUGGUAAUCGUCGAAAUGUAAGAAACUAUCAUGGCAUCACUAGUUUAUCCGCCGCAUUCAAACAAUUUGAUAUAGUUGUGAGCACUAUCAUACUUUCUCGUUCAAGAAGAAACAUUUCCACCGAUCAACCUGGAUUUUUAAACCGGACGGUCUAUAAACACAAAUCUUCUCGACUUUACGUCAACCUUCGUUUCGCGGAUCGAAGAAAAUGUACAAAUUGAUGGACUUUACACUGAUUUGAACACACCAUUGGACCGAAUAGAACACCGAAUAGUCUUAAGGAACUUAUCACGGCUUGAUGCAUUACGGAAGUUUAUUGACUGGCUAAGUUUUUUCUUAUGUAGCAAGGCCCUACGUGUGCAGAUAUGUUCUUGCUUUUUUCAGUUUACGAACACAUCUGGGGUCCCACAAAGUAGCAACAUGGGACCACUGCUGUUUGUGCUGUUCUUCAGUGAUGCUGCUUUGCUGCUCAGUAUCCAAUCUUUUUUCUCCAGGAACUCUUGCUUGCAGAGCUUCAAGUUGAUCGUUGAUUUUUGGGCAUGAAAAAUUUGGUUUUGAGCUCGCAGUUUCAAAUCUCUUGCCAGAUCAUCAGUUCAGCAGAUUUGGUAUCUGUGCAUCAUUUUUCAAAUCGAAGACAUAUGUGAAAUUUCGUCAGGCUCAAUCAAUAACAGAUUUGUCACGGAAUUCAGCUAUUUACGUGUCAUAAUGGUGGCAAGUAUUGUCCUGUUCGUAAUAUGUAAAGAGCCCUCAUUUUGACAAUAGUCAUUUACGCCAUCUGCCCUGUGUGCGAAAAUCGCUCUACGUGAGUUUCAUGUGUUGGAGGUUUGUUUAAAAAAAUGCCAAAUACCUAUUCCUAUUUCGUCGCUAUUGCUCUAUCUUAAAUUUCAAGAUAUUCAAUCACAAACUUUUUGUUUUUCUCGAAAAGUGCUAAAAGGCACUUGUCAAGAUAGCACAAUAGCGACGAUUUGCGGAUUGCUGGUGUAAACAACUAUUAUCAGCAUUAAGAUUGCUCGGAAAUUACGAACAAGUAAAAUUGACCGCCAUUAUAACACGUAAAAAAACUCGAUAUGCGGGGUUAAUAAUAAUUUGUGGUCCAAUUUAUCGAAGCCAUCCAAUCGUAAAUUUAAACAAAAAAAACACUGACAAAGAUUUGCAUUAAAUUUAUUAACCACUCAAAUCUCUCUCCUGUACGGCAUCCCAGCAGGCUGAAAAUAAAUCCCAAAAAAUAUAACUCAAUUUCGAUUCGCUGCAUUUAAUUGCUGUACAUCGGUCUGUAUUACUAUAUACCGGACUAUUAUUUUUACGGUAUGCUAAUGAGAACAAGAGAUCGCGCGCAAAAUGCAAAACCCGGAUGGAACGGACAGGUUCCGCUACCCUGCGGGGAACUACAAGCCACUGACUGUGUCACAAAUUGAUUGUUGAAUUAAGCUAUCGUUUUUUUUUCCUCCCGGUUGCCAAUUUAAUUAGCCAGUUAUAAUAUUUACGUUCGAUUGUUGCGUUGCGUUGAUUGUUAAACGAAACAAAAAAAAAUGCGGAUCGCUUCAGUACCGGAUAAAUAAUGAAUGACAAUAUAGCAAACGAUAAAAGAAAAAUACAUUAAAAAAAUUCAAGCAGAAAAUUUCAGCAAGCAUAUUUUUAAUACAUAGACGAGAGCAGAUAUCUACAUAGCCACGUUGAAGAGAUUAUUUGUAGUGACGCUCUUAACGUUAGCGAUAUUUUUGCAAACAAUAUUUAAUUUUUAAUAGUAGCAUAAGAAAACUAGUUUUGUAGUAAUCGCUAUCAAUCGAUGGAUUUUCAAAUGAGCAAAAAAAAAUUACAAAAUUACCGAGAUCAAACUUCUAUAUAGUGAUAUGUAUAGAAUGGAACAAAAGCAGACCUAAAACAAAUACUGUAAAUAUUGUUCAGAUAGUCAUUCUUCGAACCAAGUCACAACCAGACGGGCGGGCCUGGCAGAACAAGCAUAGUCGGAGUAGGCAUUAUAGCAAAAAAGCUUGAUUCGUUUUGAGAGUUGUUGAUCUUCUUCCAAAGAAUGUCGCUAAAGAAUCCCAUUCGUCCGAAAAUGGUAUGCAAAAAAAAAGUUUGAUCUCCUACUUAUUUCCUUCGAGUUAGGUACAUAUUUCUAUUUCUUUGUGGUCAAGGUCUUUUGAUCAAUCAACAGCGUCGAGAGGGGUUCAAAGGCGAACCGUGAAAAGAAUUCCAACGAGCACCUUUUUCGGUGCGGCGAGAAGAGAGGAGUUUUUUCCCAUCCACCCACGCGCCAUAAGACAACCCCUAAAACUUCUGAAGAAGCCGAAUAAAAAAAAGCUAAAAGUGUGAGUAGCGAAGUGAACUUUUAAAAAACUUUCUAAAAAGACAUAAUUUCAUUUGAAAAAUGAAGCAAAAAACAUGAUUGUUAGACAUACAUAGAAGCGGAGGCAAGGAAAAAAGUUGUUCGUUUAGUUUUUAAUGUGUAAGUGUUGGUCUAUGCUAGUGUUGAUUUUUUUUUCUCUCUCUGUGAAGUCUUACCGAUAAGAGCAGGAUGUAGAAGGGCAGACAAGUACGCUGACAGGCAGAUCCGGAAAGGUGACAGCUGUCGAUAAGAAGGAUUUGCGACCCGGGACCACUUUCUGUGGUACAAAGACCAGCACGUUUUCAGGUUGUAGUAGGCUGCUGACGGUCGUGUGUGGAAUUUUGCACCGAACCUCCCUGGACGGGGGGGGGGAUCGAUCCCGGACCGGAAGCUGCUUUUGAUGGUUUGAUUUGUUGGCUUAUUUUUCGACUUGGAAAAGUUCUAUUCUUUGGGUGGCUUUGUGGAAACUUUUUUUUGUCCCUCACUGCUUUCCGUUUCUGGUAGGAUGAAUCGUAGAGAUAAUUUCCCCCGUCGUAUUACCGGCAUUAUUUGCAUUUGCGGAAGUUUCCUCCUAGAAAUCGUAAAAUAAUCUUCAUCUUAUAUCAUAAUUUGUUUUAAUAGCAGGUUGAAGUUUUCGAUUCAGCCCAAUAUACUAUCGUGACAAGCAAGCCGAUUUUAUCGAACCAUCGCAAGAGCACUCGGAACGUGAAGCAUUAAACUAUGUAGAACCAAUAAAAGACAUAUUUUAUUUAACGAAACUGCGAAUAAUUAAAAGCCAAUUAUUUUAACGUAUAGUAGUCGCUAUGGUAGUUAGUGUUGAUUUAUGUUGUAUUUAGAUUGUAGACUUGCCAGUAGCUAACAACUGAAGCAGCCGUGUUUUCUACAUUGUUAUCGAUAUGUAUCCUACCGUCUUUUGUUGUUGUUGUUUCUUUCUACAAUUGUCUAGAACAGUUGCCGUAGGAUCUUUCAUUGUAGCUGUAGUUGGUAGCCUUUGUUAGCUGCAUUAAUGUUUUGUUACGCAGAACUGGAAAUUCAAUCAAUGUUUUAGUUGUGUAAGUUUAAAUUUUUGAUUCAUUUAUCAUCAAAUUUCAUACAUACAAAUGCAUAAUUUAUAUUUGUUUGCUGUGUUUAUUACGUAAUCGAUACUCUUAGAAGUUAAAUUGUCACAUGUUGAAACAAUAAAGUAUGAUUUGCUCACAUGGUUUAGUUUGGGUUUGGUUUGUAAAUUGUGAAAAGUACCUUUAAUUUCUAUGAUUUAUAUAAAUUUCAUUUCAGUUUUGUAGCGAAGUAUUUUGUUUGUUUAAAAUAAAUCAAUAAUGUAUUUCUGAGUGCUUACCCGAAGAAGUUGCAGAGUUUCAGAUGGUUUAAUCUGUCUCCUCCUUUUUUAUAAGUGUGGUACCAAAUAGUCAUACUUUCAAGUUGCUCCUUUUCCAGAUAUUUUCCGAACAUCACCUCGAUGCAGAUCUUUCUGUAUUCACUAUAAAUUCUACAGCUUAUUUUGCCUCACUCACUCAUCAUACGUUGCAUUGUAAUCUACAGAGAACUGGUUUGCAAUUUAUUUUCUUUGAAUUGAUCAAAUAUUUCUUUGCCAUAUGUACCAUCUCGUUCGCUGAUCAGUUUUUUUUAUAUAGAAAAUCGUAUUGCAAUUCACUGACAGAUAAUUAUUACAAAACACGGCUCAGAUUUUUUGUAUACACCCAGAACAUUUCCUCAAUGCAAAUAAUGCAUUACACCGUCUCCGAAUUAGAAUAACGCCUUUUUGCCUUUCUCAUAAAGAAAGGAUGCGCAAUCGCUCUGUAAACCGACUUUUUUGCCUUUCUCAUAAAGAAAGGAUAUGCAAUCACUUUGAAAACCGACUUUUUAACCGAGGCCCAGAGGGCCGAGUCUCAUAUACCAUUCGACUCAAUUCGUCGAAAUUGACAAAUGUCUGUAUGUGUGUGUGUGUGUUUUUUUUUACAAUGGAGAAGACCUUUAUGUCCUAGCCCAGUACACGUGCUAUUGGUAGGGUCCAAUCUACCGCACGGGGUGCACUGGGGGCGUGUCGGACUCGAAUGGUGACCAGCCAUUAAUACCGACUAAACUCCAUUGGGCUCCGCCAUCAUUCCUCCCAGGAACUACCUCUCGGUAUUACUUCUGGGGGGAUGGCUGUACUAAAUGUACUCAUUCACUCUCACUCACGCGUUCAUACAUCCUGUAUGAGGCUUACUUGGAUGCUCUCUCAAUCGCACUUUGAUUCACUCUCAAACACUCCCACAUGAGGCUGACUUUUGUGCUCACCUUUUACGUUCCAUGCGAGGCUGACUUGUGUGCUCACCUUACUCAUUCCUUGCUAGGCUUACUUUUGUGCUCGCCCUACCCAUACCAUGUGAGGCUGACUUGGGUGCUCACCCUAUCACCUGAUUCACUCUCAAUCGUGCCACUCUAUUGUACCUUUGUCACUCCCCCUGGCAUCCCAUGUGGGACAUUUUUCUUAGGCCCCACUUCUGACAUAGGGGAGAGAGGGUAACAAUGAAACAGAUUUUUUCUACAAUUUAAUUUUGAUGAUAAUACUUGUUAUUUGUAUAACUAAAAGUGAUACAUAGUGCCACUCUGUUGUUUACUAAUACAUAUAUUUUUUCCAGCUGGUAAAAUUCAGGGGAAAUAACAUUUUUUGGAUAAUAAACAGUCGAUGGUAAAAUGUAUCAGUGUGCCCCAUGGGUAGGAACUAUGAAACACGAUGUCGUCUAUAGUGAAAUAUUCUACUUAUAAAUUUCAUUCUUUUGUUUUGACUAAGAAUGAUCCUAACGCUUUGAAUUAAAGUUACAUUGAGGCGAAAAUCGUUUGUUUACGAAAGAAUCCACUAUAUCAUCGCGUAAUAUCGAACCACCAUAUAUGCAUAUUAGCUGCAAUCCUGAAAUACGGGACAAUUUCUACAAAACUUGCCCAAAUUUACUAAUUUUGCACUAUAUUAGUAGUAUUUACUUUGGCAAAUGGGAACCCAUUCACAUUUUGAGACAGACCACAAAAACAAACAAAAAUCACUGUUCCCCAUACGCCAUCGUUCCACAGUUACCCAAUGGAUCUAUUCAUGAAAAUUGUGAAAUUACACAGAACCAGAAGAAGUUGCCAAAAAACUUUGUUCGUGGUAAAUGUUGAGCAUAAAAUUUGCUAUAAAUAGCAAUAGACUAAACAUUUAUUCAAUGAAUGGUAACUCAUAAAGAUGGAAUAAUGUUUUUCAUUGCAAAUUUACUCUGGCUAUCACAAAACAAACAAAUAUCCAUUAAAAGAGAUAUAGUUAUCAGAUCUCUUCCAAAAUAUAGCAACACGUGUAUUGAAUUAGAAAUCACGAAAUAUGAGGGAAUGAGACGAUUCUGAUCAUGCAUUAUGAUUUUAUUGCGAAUGUUUCAUAGUUCUCUCCCCUACCAUGCGAGGCUGACUUGUGUUCUCACCUUUUUCAUUCCUUGCUAGGCUGACUUUUGUGCUAGCCUCUACCAACCUGUGAGGCUGACUUUUAUGCUCACCCUUAACAUGCAGUGUGAGACUGACUUGGAUGCUCACCCUUUCACUCCUCUGCCACGCCAUGAGGCAUCGAUAGCUUAGUUCCAACAUACUACGCUACGACCCUCCCGUCUUGGCAUGAGGCAGUCCACUUAUACGCCUAUACACUCACUCUUCUGUCUUGCUUCGGGGUGGCUGGGUUUACCCCUUACGCGGUUGCCAUUCGCUGCGCCAACCUGCCUCGGCAUGAACAGACCAUUCACUCCCUUUUUUGCGCUUGGCCUUUUUCGCUCCAGCUAACCAAUCACUAGUUAGCCGUGCCCGUCGUCUGUUGCUCGGUUCGCCAGAUUACCUGUAGCCUAC